AUGGCCGGUCUGGGCCAUGUUGACGUAAUAGACCGCAACGCAACCAAGCCCAAGGAUGAGGACAACGGGCAGGCCGCGGCAGGAGUAACGCCGCGGACAGAGUCACUGGGCCAUGAUGGGCACCCGCAUUCCGGUGCCAUGGCAGGUAUGGGCCCAGUACCUCAACUCACAGCCCUUCCAGUGCUAAUUCCCGGACGUGGAGGUACACACCAGGCGGCUAGCGUGCCUCUGCUUGCAGCUGCAUUGCCAAACGUGCCUCGUGCCGCACGGGCUGCCGCCAGACUGCCAAACUUCGAAAUGGCUAUCUCGUUCAUCGAUGCGGUAGAGCGGCUGCUGCCCAUUCCCUCUACUAUCCGCCUAGCCACGGAAGGAUCAAACGAUGCGAGUGAGGCAGCCAUCAUGGGAUUACCGAUCAGAGCCCAGGCUCGUGUGGAUGCACUGGCUCGAGGUGUGGCCAGGAUGCCGACUUUCGACACCGCCAUCACGUUCAUCGAUGUUGUUGAGCGACUGAUGGCAACGCCUAGCGCAAAGCGCCCACGCACGGACAUUGAUGCACGGUAG